AUGCGGCACUGGGAUCCCGAGCAAAUCUGGAGAAAAUUCAACGACCCUCCCGACCCUUACUACGGCAUCCCGGAAAGCGGGCGCUACCGGUACACCGCUAGCAGCCAAAGCUACUCAAAUCACUCUGCCGGACAAGAUAUUCAGGAAGCCAGUCGAAGAGGUGAGCGAGGCUUAGGCGCUGAACUGCUCGGCGGCGGCGCCGGCGGGGCCUUUCUCGGGCACAAGAUGUCGAAGAAGCAUGGCGUGCUCGGUGCCAUUUGGGGAGCGGCAUUGGGCGCGAUAGGUGCGGAGAUGUUUGAGCAUCAUGAGAGGAGGGAGAGGGAGGAGAGGAGAGAGGAUAGGGCAUGGGAUGAUGGGUAUGAGGAUGGGGAUCGAAGAAGUGGUGGCGAUUACAAUGAUGAUGAGCGAGAGGAUGGGGAUUAUGAGGAGCGGCGGGGGUAUCGAAGGGAUGAUAGGGACUAUUAUGACGACGAUGGCUCUUCUUCUCCGCCUUCGGAUGAUUACGAAGAAGAGUAUCAAGACGAUUAUCAUCGGGAUGACUGGUGGGGUUGGAAUACUCGUGUCGAACAGUGUGGUAUUCUGAAUUCGUCUCACGUACCCGACAAGUCUGUGACCUCAACUCCACAUCUCUCACCCACAUCGCUGUGUCGUUUUAAGGGCAUGGCCCAUCGCUCUUCAGACGUGUCGCAGCUGGAUUCUCGCGCAGCCAUGAACAAAUUUCAGCUACAGCACAACGUGCUCGAAGGUCCCAUCGGUCGUCUCUUCUGA